AUGGACUCCCAAGACCCAUGGCACCUCACCGUUGUCCGCACGCGUGGACUUACAUUCCUGCGCCCAGAGAAGUCGUGGCGCCCUAUCGUUUCUGUUUCGAUCGUGGACCGGAACCGCGACCAUGGGUUGCCACAUGAAGUUGUGCUGGGCUGCGACGGACAGAACCCGAAUCUAAGAUCAGGUAUUUCUAUCAGCGACGUCAGCCUGACCACCAAACUCGACGUCCAGGUCUUCCACAAAUCCCAGACCAAGAAAAAGCACCGGAAACGCAACCUCGUCGGCUCUGCGUCCGUGUCGCUGAACGAGUUCCUGCGCAAACACCCCCUCCCGCACCCACGGCCAGUCGAAUAUGACGUCCGCUUGUCAUGCCCGCCCCCUCAGCACAAGAGCGCAACGAUUUGGGCAAAGCAGCAGCAUAGCGCCACGCUCACUAUGCGGUUCGUAGUCCCGCAUAGGGAGCCACCCCGGUCACACGAGUCGCGGCCUAUCACGCCUAUGACGGAACACUACGAGACUGAGCCAUUACUGUCUGACGCGCCGUCAUCAUCGCGUGGCCUUUCGGAGACCUUGGUCUCGAACACGCCCGAUGAGAGGACGGACGAGAUGCCCUGGGGCAAGCAGCCCGAGAGCGACCGUCUCGACGGCAUAGUCGGCCUCAGACGGCGACGGAAGAAGCCUAAAAUGCGAGGAUUCCACGUCGACAGCGACUCGCACGCCGAGACGUCCUCGGGCGAAGAGUCAUGUUACCCGAAAACGCCAGAAACCGAGUACUUCCCUCCUAUAUACGAAGAUGAAUCAGGCUUGAAGUUCCGGGAAGAGGGGGAGGGAGAGGUGGCAGCAAUCUUCCCUAGGAUAUUGCCGCAGCAUGCGGGCCAGGGGAGUGUGGUGAGCGCGCAGACGUCGUUGUCGUUUAUGGAGAGGUGUCUGUAUUGGAUAUCGCCGUAUGAGGAGCUGAAGGAGGCGGACGCGGAGGGGGACUGUGAGAAGGCAGAAAAGGUGCUCGGCAGGAUGCUGACGGAGUGGUAUGUCGUAGGGGCGUCGUUGUUGGCUUUGGCUGGAAUCAAUGCGGCCGUGUUUGGACUCGCACCUGGCAGUCUUUUCGUUCUGGACGGGUUCUCUUUAGGCUCUAUCUCCAUCGGCGCGAUCGCAGCUGGCCUUGGUCUUGUGUACGACGCAUGGUUCCUCGUCUUGUACAGCGGCGCGAGUGGUGCCAAGUUUCUACGUUUGGCGAAAGACGUGUACAACAAGUACAUAUUCUUCUGUCUGACCUGCCGAUUGCCCAUGUUCUGCAUGGCGAUCUCGAUCUUUUCCUUGAUGCUCUUCCUCCUCGCCGUCGCGUGGACGGCCUGGCCGACCGCCGUGCUUGUCAUGUCCUUCGUCGCUGGGUUCCUCCUCACCAGCCAGUUUGUGAUAUUCGGCAUCCACCGGCUGAUCAACCUCGUCGUAUGGGUCAUCAGGGUGUCCUGGCGGACGGUCAUGACAAGGAGGAGCUCGUCGAUGCCUUCAGCCUAUCCAGAGGCACAGCUGGGGCCACAGACCUCCAGCGGGGAGCGUGAACGCCAUCGGGAGAGAGAACGAGAGAGGGGAUGGGAAAGGGAGCCGCGGAUCGAGAUGCCUAUCCCGUGCCCGAGUCCUGCGCCCGUCGUAGCCUCCCCCGAGCAUCUCACGGCGCAUCCGAAGAUGCAGAUGAUAUGGGUUGACGACCGUGUUGGGGAGCAUGAAGGCCCGGGUCCAUCGUGA